CCAAUCGGGUUCUCGGCAGCCAAGUGAGGCACUUCGCUGGAGUGGUGGCGCAGCGCUCUCUGCCCGCGGAUAAGCAUCUACAGUGAAGAAGAAAGAACAUCUGGUGCUAAGGUUUAGUUUAAACCUUUACUGGCUGCUUGGAAAAUGAAGAUGCAGACUCCAGAUUGGCGAUUUAUAUAUUCUUCAUGCAAGGGCAGCAUACUAAAAGAGAGAAGGAGCUGCGCUGACCAGUGACUGAAAGCUGUAAGCACUGGAACAUAUUUGCAGAAGACAGGAUUUCUAAGCGCCUGCCCUUCCAGCUUUGCAGAAAGAGCCAUCGUCUUAAGGAGGAGGCGCCCUUUAGUAAAUGGAAGAUAAAGGUUGCUUCAGCUGAAGUGUUUUGAACCUGAGAAAAGAGCUGUCUUCAGUACCUCACCAUGGGUCUGCUUUUUGUUGCUUAGACAAGCUGGGAGUUUCUAUAUCCCUUGCAUUCCAUAUUGGAAGAAGAGGUUUUUAUACAUGAAAAAAAUGCCUUUGUUUAGUAAAUCACACAAAAAUCCAGCAGAAAUUGUCAAAAUUCUGAAAGACAACCUGGCCAUUUUGGAAAAGCAAGACAAAAAGACAGACAAGGCUUCAGAAGAGGUGUCAAAAUCUCUGCAAGCAAUGAAGGAAAUUCUGUGUGGAACGAACGACAAGGAGCCCCCUACAGAAGCAGUGGCUCAGCUGGCGCAGGAGCUCUACAGCAGCGGGUUGCUGGUGACACUCAUAGCUGACCUGCAGCUCAUAGACUUUGAGGGAAAAAAAGAUGUGACCCAGAUAUUCAACAACAUCCUGAGAAGACAGAUUGGUACACGGUGUCCUACUGUCGAGUACAUCAGUUCUCAUCCUCACAUCCUGUUUAUGCUUCUCAAAGGCUAUGAAGCCCCACAGAUUGCCUUACGCUGUGGGAUUAUGCUAAGAGAGUGUAUUCGACAUGAGCCACUUGCCAAAAUCAUCCUAUUUUCUAAUCAGUUCAGAGAUUUCUUCAAGUAUGUUGAGCUGUCCACCUUUGAUAUCGCUUCAGAUGCCUUCGCUACUUUUAAGGAUUUGUUAACCAGACAUAAAGUAUUGGUAGCAGACUUCUUAGAACAAAAUUAUGACACUAUUUUUGAAGACUAUGAGAAACUGCUGCAAUCUGAGAACUAUGUGACAAAGAGACAAUCUUUAAAGUUGCUAGGUGAGCUGAUCCUGGACCGCCACAAUUUCACCAUUAUGACCAAGUAUAUCAGCAAGCCAGAGAACCUGAAACUGAUGAUGAACCUGCUUCGAGACAAAAGUCCCAACAUCCAAUUCGAAGCCUUCCAUGUCUUUAAGGUGUUUGUGGCCAGCCCCCACAAAACGCAGCCUAUCGUGGAGAUUCUGUUAAAAAAUCAGCCCAAACUCAUUGAGUUUCUGAGCAGCUUUCAGAAAGAAAGGACAGACGACGAGCAGUUUGCUGACGAGAAGAACUACCUGAUUAAACAGAUUCGAGACUUGAAGAAAGCAGCCCCGUGAAGAUGGUCCUGCCCCGACAGCCAUUUGUCUCCCUUGCCCAGUGUGUACAGUGUUGUUUUAAAGUCUCCAUUCUUAGGAAGGCUUUGGAGGUCCUGUCUUUCUCAAUUGAUUGUUCAAGGUAGUUGAAAUAUAAACAUUUGAGUGGAAGAAAAAAAUCAACCUAGAAUAAUAUAUUCAUUUUAAUCAAGCCUGUGAUUGCUUAUGGAAUCAACCAUUAUAUUAAACAUUGAUCAAAAGCAGUGUAAGUUCAGAGCUGGACCCUGGGUCACCCAGGACAUCAAGUCAAGGAACACAAGUGUCUCUUAAAACAGACGAUGGGAGGAGACCCAUCUGUUUAGACAGGCUUUUUCAGACCCUGAAGAGAUGGGAGACAGCACAGCAUUGUCUGCUCAGCGUGCACUUUGCUUCUCUGCCUGCUGCCUCCUAGGUGGGAACAGUGCCCGGCUCCCAGCUCCGUUUCUUCUUCAUUGUAGCCCUUGUCUGACCCAUGACCCAUGCCCAUUCCAACUUCUGAGGGCUAGUCUGGAAGCAGCUGAGGGCCGAGUGAGAUCAAUAGAGGUUACAGGGACAGAGACCCAUGGGCUGUGACUCUCUCAGAGGAGAACUGCAAACAGGUGGCUGUAAUCACCACUGUUCUGUUGGCACUUCUGCCGGGUCAAUGAGUGUGAGGAUAUUUCACUAAUAGCUGUUGCUAUGGAAAGAAUGCUUCCUGGUGACUGUCUUGAGAGGUGGAAUCACAGUAGGUACAAACCAUGGGGCUAGAUGGUCAUGUUAUCCUUCCGUCAGUAGAGGGAAAGUGAGUCAUGCAUAACAAAUGUCUCAGACGACCAGAGGUUCUCUCUGGUUCAGUUUGUUCUGUAAUAACCUGUCAUUCCAUAGCCGACUAUCAGUGUCUUCAAUGAGAAGCUAAAAAAUCUAAAAUUGUUGGUUCCAAGUACUCUCUUUCAUGCUAGAAUAACUAAGGUGUUCAUUUGUGUCCCCUUAACAGGGACAGGAAGAAAAAUUAUUUUUUUAAAGGCCAUGGUUUGUUUUUAGACUUCAUACCUCUAAAAUGGACUUUUAAAGAGACAUUUCCCAGGCACUGAAGCUACAAUUGCUUGUCAGCUCUUCAUGCCCUGAAUUCCCAUGGCACUGGACUGCUGUCUUCCUUGCCUUUGGGCACAUAUGUCCCCAUCCAGAGACAGGAAUGGAAGUGUGUCCUCCAGUACACACCUUGCUUCUUGACUGGGGUUCAAGUGUUUUACUUCCAUGUUACCCCCCCCCCCGAGUCCUGUAUUCUUCAGUUAUAAAAGUCAGAUUUUUUUUUAUAAUAUUCCCUGGUAGUAUAGAGCCCCUUAGACCUUGACCUUUCUAGAUUUGCUUAUUUGAUUAAGAGAUGAAAAAAACAAAACCUUUAAAUGUGUUUCCAUAGCAUCAUGGGACACAGGCAAGGCCAUGUUUUAAUUUAAUUUCAGUUAAAAACACUUCUUUUCUCUGGGUUUGAAUUGGCUCUUUGCCAGCAUCCUUUUAUCCUAGCUGUGUACUUUCUGGACAGAAAGCUACAGAGUCUGAGAUGCAGUGACUGAGGUAGCUGGGGUGCUGCUACGAGUUUCUGAGUUAGUCACUUAGAAGGGGCACAUGGGGCUCACCACCACGGUGUGUUUACACAGAGAUCACUGUAAGUACUGUGAGACUUGAAUGUGGAAAGGUCAUAGUUAAUAAGAAGCACAGUUUAAAGACCAAAUAAAAAGUACCACAUA